GAAGUGCCGUAAUGUUUGAAUGUGUGAGAACGCAAUCAAACAACAUUUGUGUCAUUUGGUGUUUUUAAUCUAUUUAUCAAAUUUUUUAUCAAAUGUAACUCGAUAAUUCAGAGUAGCAUUGAUUUAAAUAAACGAUUUAUUAUUAUAAUUCGUGCUAGAGUUUUUUUUUGUAUAUAUAUAAAUAACUAAAUAGGAAUGAUGCCGAGUUCAAUAAUCCUAACCUAUAAAAGUUAAUGUGUACAUAUUUAGGUUUUGAUUUACUUGAAAAAUAAUAAAUUUUUCGUUGUUGGUAAAUUGUUUCUUUUUCAAUAAUGGAUGAAAUUGGAAGUAAAAGAAUGAGGGGUAGAACUAGAGGUAGAGCCCGAGGAAGAGCUCGCGGGCGAGCCAGAGGACGAUCAAAAAAAGCGGUGAAGAUAAUUGAAAGUGAUGAGGAAGAUAUUAUACAAACUCAAGAGGAAACUCCAAUGGAGACAAAUGAACCUGAACAAGAACAACAGAAACCGCAGCAGCCGCAAAUCAAGCAGCAACAACCCCUACAACAACAACAACAACAACAACCUCCACAACAACUCAUACAUGACUCUCAAAUUCAUCAACCAAUUUCGGAGCAACAAUUUGAUUUGGAAGCUGAUAUUUCACAAUUGGAGGCACCAACAUUCACAACAAUUAAUCGAGGACCUCCAGAACCAAUGCUUCGUUUACGUUGGGAUCAUCGUGUUAAUUUAAUUGGUGAAAAAGUUCUCAAUCCAAUGAUUCAUUGUUGUGACAAAUGUUUAAAACCAAUUCUUAUCUAUGGACGAAUGAUUCCAUGCAAACAUGUUUUUUGUUUAUCCUGCGCUAAAAGAGAGGACAAAGUCUGUCCUCGAUGUUUAGAGAAAGUUUCAAGGGUUGAACAAACUGGACUUGGAACAGUUUUUAUGUGUACACACGGAGGUACUCGAUAUGGAAACGCAGGUUGCAGACGAACGUAUUUAAGUCAAAGGGAUUUACAAGCUCACAUAAAUCAUCGUCAUAUAUCAGCACCACUUCAACCAGUUCAAGGUAUGCAGGUCGAUCAAUCACAAUAUGCGCAUUCAAAAUCCGAAAUGGAAUCUCAAUUAUCAAAAGUCUCGCCAGUGACAUUGCAACAAAAUAAUCGCAUGAAAUCAUCACACAUGGUGCAACCAAUAAUGGGCAAUGAUCCACGUGUAAAUUCAUUAGUGAAUCAACAAUCGGUGGAACAUCGACAACAUCGAACACAAUCAAUGAUGUCAAUGCAAAAUUAUACACAAAAUACAGCACCACCGCCGAAUAAUCCUCCAAUGAGAACUAAUUUAAUAACCGUUCCAAUUCAGGAUACAACUGUAAAUACCCAUGAGUUACAUGCUCAACAAACGCAUCAUUAUUAUAAUCCACCACCGCCGCCACCGCCUGCUCAAGUGAAUUAUGCAAAUUAUAGUGUACCACCGCCAGUAUCACAGACACAACAAUAUUAUUCACAGCCACAACAUCCCCCUGGUCCAUAUGUUCAAUCGACACAACAACAAUAUGCACCGCCAACGGCAACAUCGAUAAGACCAAGUCCAACUGGUUAUAUUCAAGAUCCAUCACAAUAUGGACCACCGCCACAACAACCAUCACAACCACAAUGGACUCAACAUCAACAACAGUUUUACAGAUAAAAAAAGCAGUGUUUUUUUUUUUUUAAAUCGAUUCUUGAGAAGUGCAAUAGGGUGAAUCGAAUGAUAAUCAUCUGAGGGUGGUUGAUGGAAUUGGAAAAAAAACUAGGAUCCAGCGAAAAUCAUCUAGAUAAGGUUGCUUCAUUAUUUUUUAAAGAAACUACAAUUCCGUAACUUUGAAUAUUAUUCAAGAAUUUAUUUAGUAAAAUUAAUGAAUUUUCCAUAAAAAUCAUUAAUUAAAAUUUUCAUUUUUUAUUAGAAAUAAUUUUUUUUUUGACGAAUUUUCAUUUUUCUAAUUAACAUUUGACAGAAUUUCUUUCUAUACAAAUUCUUACAUAAGAAAAUUUUUUGCUACCGAAUUUUUGUUUCACACUAAUUUAAAAAUAUCAAACUAAUACAAGUUUUUAUAUUAAUUAGAUAUUUUUGGUAUCAAUUGAAUACUUUUAAAUUAGUGUGUUUACAAAAUUUUUAUUUUACAGUCAUUUAAUAUAGAUGACUUUUUAUUUACGGUAAUUUUAAUUUAACAGAAUUCUCAUUCAAUCGAAUUUUAUGUAAUUUGAAUUUUUAAAUGACAGAAAUUCUAAUUCACCGAAUUUUUAACACGACAAAUUUUCUUUUGUCUGUAAUUAUAAAUGUUCGAAACAACAAUCAACAACUAUUUAGGCCAUUUGUAAUUUUGGACAAAUUAAAAUUUGGUGAAUUGGAUUUUCUGUCAUUGAAAAAUUCGAAUCAUAUAAAAUUCAAUUGAAUGAGAAUUCUGUUAAAUUAACAUUCUUUGAAAUAAAAAGUCAUGUGAAGAAAAUGACUGUAAAAUAAAAAUUUUGCCAAACAAAAAUUCGAUAGCUGAAAAUUUUGUUAAAUAAAAAUUCGAAUAAAAAGAAAAUCUGUCAAAUUUUAAUUAGAAAAUUGAAAAUUCGUCUAAAAAGUAAUUAUUUCUAAUAAAAUAUUUUAAAAUGAAAAUUCUAAUUAAUGAUUUUUAUUGGAUAAUAAUUCGCCACAAAUAUCUUUUAUUUUAUGAAGAAAAUAAAAUAAAAUAAUUUGAAAUUUUAAUAGGUUUCUUUUUAAAAUAAUAACAAUAAUAAAUUAUUUCUAUAAAAAUUUUGUCAAUUUUUAGGAUAGGAAAGAUAUAUCAAAAAACAGUAAAGUUUCGAAACCGGUACUGCUUUUCUCGUCAGGAUUUAUUAAUCUAUAAAUAUAUUAAAUUAAUUUAUUUUAACUUGAUAAUUUUUAUAAUAAUUUUAUUAAAAUUAUUAUUGGUUAUUGAUCCAUUGGAUUUACUCACAAUUAUGCUAAAAAAAAAUUAUUUUCUUCAAAAAUAAAAGAUAUUUUACUAAAUAAAUUCUUGAAUAAUAUUAAAGUUUACGGGAUUAUACAUUAUAGAUUUUUUUUAAAAAAAUAAUGUAGCAACCUAGUCUAGAUGAUUUUCCCUGGAUCCUAGAUUUUUUUUAAAUUUCAUCAACCAUUCUCAAAUGAUUUUUCAGUAUAUUGAACAAAUAGAAACUUCAAAUUAGCAACUAUCGGGAAUCACAGAUUAUCACCUAUUCAUCUUUUUUCACCUAUUGAAAUUUUUGCCAUCUAUUUCACCUAUUUUGAUAAUUUUUUACACCUCUUUCAUGAUUAGAUUAAAUUUGCAGAUGUAAUAUUUCAAAAGUAAUUGAAUUUACAGUUUUAAAAAACAUUGAUUUAAGCAAAGGAAUAUUGAAAAAUAAUUUUUUAGUUUCCGAACAUUUUUUUUAACCUUCCAAAGGUAUUAAUUCAGAGGAUACAAAAUUAGAUUUUUAUCUGUUUUAUAAAAAAAUAAUAAUUCUAUAAAAAUAAUUUUGAUUGAUUUCAAUUUCAAUUUAUCCAAAAUUCAAUUUGCCCAAAUUUUAAACUAUUAAUGCUUCAAUUAUUGAUUAAAAAUAUGUAAAUUAAGAGUAAAAAUUUGUGAUGUGUCUAUUCUUUGAAUAGACAAAAUGUAGUUAAAAAAUACAUUGAAAAAAAUCACACUUUGAAUAGAUACAAAUUAGUUAUUUUGCACGUUAAUUGGUUUUAAUUAUUAACUUUCUAUCACCUAUUUUCGGUAAAUAAUUCAUCUUUUUUACCUACGAAAAAAUAUACUGUGAUUCCUGUUGCUAUUUAUUUUUGGAAAAAUUUAUACAUUAUUUAAGGACUGAAUAUUCUUUGCAAAAUCCAUUAGUCCUGAUUUUUUUUUUGGUAAAUUUUUAUUAAAACAUUUUCAUAUUACAUUGAAUUCUUAUUCAAUUGAAUUUCUAAUUACUUCAAUUUUUCACACGAAAUUUUUUUCGUGCUGCACUGAAUUUUUAUUUAAAUUCAAUCAAGAAAUUUUAAAAAACUAUUAUUAAUUCAAUUAAAAAAAAAUUCAAUUUAAUUAAAAUUUGUUUUUAAACAAAACAAGUUCCAUAUAGUGAGAAAUUCAUGAAAAAAUUUUCGAAAAAUUCGUCUAAAUAAAAGAAGGAGAAAUUCGGUGUUACAAAUUUCACAAAUAUAAAUUCUAAUGGAAUUUGUAGUGAAUAUUUUCAUUUCAAUUUAGUUAUUAAUAAACAUCAGUUUGUUUAGAAAUUUAUUAAUUCAAUUCCAAUUUUAAUAGUUCUCAAAAAUAAUCAAUUGUAAAUACACACCGUUUUAUUAAGCAAAUUUAUAAUUUUUUUUUAAAUUAUAAUUUUCAUGAUAUAAUUUCAUUAAAUUAUAGAAACUAAAAAUGAAUAAAAGUGUAAAAUAUUUAACGAGUUUAAUCAAAUAACGCUAUAUGGCGUAUUUUUCAAUGUAAAAAAAAAUUGUAAUUUAUCGAAUUUUCGUAGACAAAAUGAUUUUUUUUUUUUAGUGAGAAAAUGACACGAACUGUGCACGAAUUUGGGGUGAAAUUGUGUUUUUUUGAAAAUUGCACUUAUUGUAAAGCUGUUAAAAAAAUGCGACAUAGGUUUAUAUAUAAUAAAUACAAUUUUUUUUAGCAA